GUCAUGCAAGCCCUUGCCUACCAGGAAGUUUAGCAAAGAAGUUCCAGUAACAGCGCAAAGCGAGAAGUACCUCGGCUCGGACGUGUCUGGUUUUGUUAGCUCGCUAGGACUAGCUACAUACAUCUGACCGUAUUUGCGCUUGGGUUUCAGUACAGUAAAUUACAAGAAUGUCGCUCUAUCCAUCCCUUGAGGACCUUAAGGUGGACAAGGUCAUUAAGGCUCAGUCUGAGUUUGUCCACACCACCACUCCGGCCCUCACAGAAGGGACCUACCAGCCAGCAGCCUCCGGCGCUGGCCUGGGGACACCUGGAUCAAGCCUCUACCCCAACCUGCAGGAGCUGGGGGACUACAUGGGCCUGAACCUCAACAGCGAUGAGGUGCAGAAGAACCUGGCGCUCGUGCCGCUGGCAGACAGCGUGGCAGUGCCCGCGGGCAUGGGCGUGGCUGGCAUGGUGAGGCCAGUGACGGGCAACGACAUUGGCAUCAGGCGUGCGGAGAUCCGCCAGGGUCUGCGUGAAAUCAUCCUCUGCAAGGACCAGGACAAGAAGGUCGGCCUGAGGCUCCGGGAGAUCGACAACGGCAUCUUCAUCCAGCUGGUGCAGGCCAACUCUCCGGCCGCUCUGGCUGGCCUGCGCUUCGGAGACCAGGUGCUGCAGAUCAACGGGCAGAACUGUGCUGGCUGGAGCACCGAUAAGGCCCACAAGGCCCUGAAGUCCGCCGCCGAGACGCGCAUCGAGCUCAUCGUACGCGACAGGCCUUUCCAGCGCGCCAUCACCAUGCACAAGGACAGCUCCGGUCACGUGGGCUUCAUCUACAAGUCCGGCCGCAUCACCUCGCUGGUCAAGGAUGGCUCGGCCGCACGCAACGGCAUGCUGACUGACCACUACAUAUGUGAGAUCAACGGCCAGAACGUCAUCGGCCUGAAGGACACUCAGAUUAAAGACAUCCUGACCACCUCCCCCACCGCCAUGACCAUUACAAUCAUGCCCAAGUUCAUCUACGAACACAUGAUUAAAAAGAUGUCUGGGGGUCUGCUGCGGUCUGCCAUGGACCACUCUGUGCCUGAGGUCUGAAGCUCCGCACCGGCCCAACCUCUCCCACCGCCCCGCCCCCCGCCCCGCCCCCUGGCCCAACCUCUCCAGAUGCCUACAAUCUCUCCAGCCUGCCCACUGGCCACCGGGUCGGCUGCUCUAUUGCUGAACUGAAAACGACUUCAAAUCACAUGCGUUUAUUACAUACACGUAUAUAUGUAUGUUACGAGAUGCCUUCUUUUCUACUGUAUUAUAUAUAGUUCAGUACUUUUGACCUUAAGAUCUGUCUAGUUCCUUUUUUUACCUUCUCCCCUUUCAUAUUGUUUUAAUAUUGUUGUCUUUUAAAUGUACUUCCUAAUAAUGCAUCACAUCACAUUUAUCAAGUGUUAACGUUUUUAAUUUGGCUCAUGACGUGCACCUUUUUUACUGUAUUUUUUUUUAUAAAGGAGCAGAAUAACGAAGCCAUAGGUUUAAGUUGAGAGCUUCUGUAGUGGUAAAGCAAAAGGAUCGUGGGCAUUGACUAGCACCUGCACCUGACACCCUCCCCCCAUUCGCAUGCACAAGCAAGUGAACCCCCAUCCCCCCUCCCCCGUUUAUUUCUUAACUGAUGUUAUGUUAGUUUAUGCCAAGAAUGAAUGAUUGAUUGAUUGAUUUACAGCUUUAGACUGAGUAUGUGUUAAAAAAACAAAACAUCACUUGAUUUGUCAUUCUGUUUUUUUAAGGAGUUUGUAACUUUUUGAUAAUCCUCACCACCACCAUCCUGAACAUGUUAGAUCCUGUAAAAAUAUAAAUAUGAAUGUAACCACAAGAUGAUUAUUGUGCAAGGGAAAAAAAACAAUAAAUAACUCUGCUACAAAGUG